AUUCCAAAUUUCACUCAAUAACGCAUUGCAGUUGUGCAAAUUGAACAUGGUCGUGUUAUAUACGUUUCAAAAGGCAUAUGGCGGACGUUUUAUAUAUUUUUGCAUCGAAAACUGAUAAAAUCUUUUAGUUAUGAGUAUCUUGUGACCGCUAGAGCGUAUUUGUUAAAAAUUAGAUGAUAAACGUUAGUUUUUAAUGUGUAAAUAAGUCUAUUAUAUCUAGAGUCUUAUAAAUAUUGAUAGUAUUUUCGUGCGUGGACGUUUUGAUCCGUAUUGUUGAAAAACGAAAAGUCUGUGAUAUAAACAAUACAUAGGUGAUAGAUUAAUUUCCUGAACAAUUUUGUAUAUAUUGUAAAGUUGUUAUAGAAUUUUAGAAAAAGUAAUAUAUUGCAAGAAGACUGAGAAAUUAAGUGGAGGAUUUGCGAGCUAUGUCAGCUGUGAACCUAUUGUCUUCUUUGAGGGAGAAACCGACCGAUGAAAACCCGGAUGAUGGCUCCAACCCUGACGGUGAGGACAAUAGCGUGUCGGGCGGCGGUGGCGGGGACCCAGCCGUGCUGGCGGUGGGUCCGGCCCGCAAGCCGCUGCAGUAUACGCGCGACCAGCUCAUGCGCCUGCGCAACUCGCCGCUCGUCAAGCGAAACUUGGAGAACGCGUUCGCUGGCUGCGAGGCGCUUGCGCUUGUGUUGAAGAGACGCUCUGAUUCACCAAACGAGGAAGACCGAGGCGCGAGAGGAGAUGCACCCAAUGAAAACCAUAAGGGUGUAUACGGUCGCGACCGAGACCGCGAACGUAGAUCGGCGGACCCUCGGGAACGGGUGCGGAAGGAAAGCGAGCCGAGUGGCGGUGGUAUCGUCCUGUCGCCGCAGCGGCGGAGCUUCACGUCGGGUUGCGGGGCUCCGGCGGCCGCGGCCCCGCCGGCGCCGACCCCGCACCUGGCACGCACGCGCCCCGAGUCCCCGCUGGCCGCCCCCGCGCCCGCAGCCGCGCCUCACCAACCUGCGCAUCCUGCCAAACCCGAACAAGGAGGUCGUCGCAUCGGUUCUGGUCGUAUCAUGGUGCGCGACGUGCCCAACAACGCGUGGGAGGAAGGAGAGUACCGUGGUGGGGCAGAGCCCUACCGUCCUCCCCGCGAGAGGGAACGUGAACGCGAACGUGAACGGGAACACACCAGGCCUAACAACGAAAGGUUCGAACGGCGAUCGUUUGGUAGAGACUCCUACACCUCUGACAUCAAGAGGGAACGGGAGGAUCGAUUCAUCAACGAGAAGAUUCGAGACAGAGAGGACAACCGUAGAUCUGGUGGUCGCUUCUCUCAACGACGCCUUGAGAAGGAAGAUGAACCCGAAUGGUUUAGUGGAGGGCCAACAUCUCAACUGGAAACGAUCGAGCUCCGCGGUUUCGACGAUCCGCCCAAAAAGAACGGCAACGCGAACAAUAAAGAGACUGAGAAAUGGAACAACAAUGGCGGCUCGCGGUCCCCGGCGGGCGAGCGCUGGCGGGAGACGUCCCCCGUCACGCAGCCAGCCGCCAACGAUUCCACCAACUCCAGCAAUGAUAAGGAUUCUGGAGUGGAGUCGAAGAGCGAGGAGACAGCUCAGAACAGCGACCAGCAGGAGUUCAACCUCGACGAGUUCCUUAAAUUCGACACCAUACCCGACGUACUCACUAACGGCGGCGGCGAGACGGAGGGCGGCAGUAGGUUCAGUCGCUGGUUCCGGCGCGAGAGUCCGACCAACGAUGCCAAGCAUUACGAGCGACUCUUGCACAAUAUGGUCGAUGAACUGGACAACGGUCGCAGCGAGCCGAGUCCAGCGCUGGGCGGUGGGGAGGCGCACGUGUUCGCGCCCAUAUCCCCCGCCGGCAGGCCGCAGAACCCAUCACUGUUUGAUCUCUUACUCCGAGCCAAUGCUAACACUACACACGAUGCGAGACCUGAAGCCCAGCAGGUGGGCGGCAAGAUGCACAGCCUGGAGGAGUUGGAGGCCCGACUGAGGCCCCAGCACUCGCAGCACUCUCAGCACUCCCAGCAUUCUCAGCACUCAGUGCCGCAGCAUCAUGUGCCCGAACAUGAUCUCACCGCUUUCAAACGACUUCUGGCGCAGGUGUCGGGCGGACACGCCGUGGCGGCGGCGCCCGAGCCCCCGCGCCCGCAGCCCCCGCCGCAACCCAUGAGCUUGUUGCAGAUGCUGAACAAGAGCAUGGAGCAACAACAGGCACAGGCCCAGGCGCAAGCACAGGCACAGGCGCAGGCGCAGCAACAGCCCCCCCACAUACCGCAGGAGCUACUCUACAAGCUGCUGCAGGUGCAGCAACACCAGCAGCAGGCGGCGGCGGCGGCCGUGAGCGCCGAGCUGGCCGGCAUGGCGCCCGCUGACAGGGACCUGCUGCAGCGACCUGAGGCGCAGGCCAUCGUGCGGGGUCUGAAAACGGGUGAGAUUACGGCUCAGCAUUUAAUGCAGCAGCUGAGUAACCCCGGGCUUCAGAGUCGGCACCGUGAAGUACUGCUUACCAUACUAAGACUGCACCAACACCAGAGACAGAUGGGCGAGUCCCCGUUACCGGGAGGCCCUCACCUGGUGGUUCCUCCUCACCAUCAACCGUUGAGACUGUCGCCGUUACCUCACCAAGGCGUGCCGGCUCGCAUUCCUUCGCCGCGCGAGUUAGCUGCGCACACGCAGUCGAUAAUGCAGAAUGCUCUCAUCAAGAAGAAGCUGGAGGAGCAGCGCGAGAACUACCGCCGCCGGCAGGAGAUGCAGCAGCCCAAACAGUCUACUCCUAUAUCCUUCACACCCACCUCGGUAUUACGUAAAAUGACUGCAGAGAAAGAGUCUGACACGCCUAGUCCGAAGCAGCAACAGUGGACGCAACCACCCAAGGUGCCGCAGGGCAGGCCUAUAGUUAAGGGUAAUCAAAGCGGCAAUGCGCCGGCGAUCGGCUACGCAACGCCCAAUGACUACCAACAACAUUACAUGAACCAACAGCAGCAAAUGAUUGGUUCAGUCCGACCGUUCCCACAUCCGCCACAGAGGCAACAGGUACCUAAUUCGUACAACAAUAUGAACAACAUGGCCCGCGGCAUGGCUGGCGGGACUUCCCUUCACAAGCUGCUCAUUCAGUCACAUCAGAGGAGUCUUAAUGGUAACUUCGGCGACCUGGGCGGCGGGGGCGGUACGGGCGGCGGCGACAACCAGCUGGCGCGCUGGUUCUCGCCGGAGCUGCUGGCGCGCGCGUCGGCCGGCAAGCUGCCGUCGGUGCACGUGCCCAACGCGCUGUGCCUCGAGGACCUCGAGCGCCACCACCACGCGCCCCCCGUGCACAACUGACGCGCCCGCCGCGCGCCUCUCUACCCAUAACCCUCGACUCCCUCUACGAUAAUAUACUCAUACUCUCCUCCUUUGUGUAAACCGCGAGGCCAACCUUACUACACUCGGACCGUGCGCAACGAUAACGUAAAUAUAUGACGAAGAUUGCGUGCCGUCGACCACUAAAUUAUUCGAUUAAUUAUACAGACAUAGUCCAACGUUCUAUUCGACAUCUAGAUCUGAAAUUUUUUUGGGCUGUACAGACUUCACACGUUUGAUAUUAUUUGGAACAUUGAAAUUUAGAAUACAAAAUCAUGCUUGGAGUAUACAGCAGUAUUGCAACAUAGUACCUACAUAAUCAGAUGCUGAUAAUAUCGUGACAUCGAAAUUAUGUUCACUGUGAAGAACAGAAGAAAUUAAUAUUGUAGAAAAUAGUUUAACGUAUAUCGUAAGACCUGAUUUCGCCUGUUUGUAUAAAUAUUGAAAUUGAUUAUAACGUCCCCGUCUUGUAAACCGUUAUGUUGUAGAAAUCUCAAACCUUUUAAAACAUACGAUACAGUAAGAUGUCAAUGUUCCCUCAAAUUGUGUAUUGGACAGGACUAGUAUUGACACGAGGUGGCGGCUGGCGGCGAGUAAACAAUUUUGAUGUAUUCAUUUGUCUUGACUGUUUCCACUGAUGUGAUUAUUUUGUCGCUGCCAGCCCCCCCGCGACGGACAGGCGCGGGCUAGAGGCACCCAGCUAACUGCAUGUGACCUCAUUUCGUUGUGUACUUCUUGUACCGCGCCUCCGUCGGGGUUGAGACGCCAGAGUGAACGAAUGUGUGAGAGGUGUGUAUGUGUGUGUAUACGUAUGUCUACGGUUGUGUUUGUAAGCAUUUUGUUACUACGUCGUUUAUGUGAGGAGAAGGAUUUUGGUUGAUAGAGUAAUAGAUGUCUGUCGUGUCGUUCCCCGCCACCUGUACUCGGCGACGCGGCGAACGGACAAUGUUAGGGCGACCGUUUUAGUUCCGAAUCGCGUUUUCAUUUUGUAAUACGAUUUUGGAAUUUGGCACAAUUGUAACGAGAAAAGAAAUAGCAUUUGUGUUUAUAAUUCCUUGAAUAUAUUUUUUUAUGAAUUUUACGAUUCGCGUGCGAUUUUAGCGAUUCUUUUUUCAUCAUUGAGACCUGAGCUAGAUGCAUGUCAAUUAUCAUUUCGGAUAGCCGCACGGUAGGAGCGUAUACAGAUGUGGUAUAUGGCAGCAACCUGCUACAGACCUGUUCGACCCAACCUUCCCUGUGUACGCCCUUACGCCAAAUGUAGAGUAUUACCGUCCAGAAAGUGUGUCAAUCUCUUUGUUCGAAACUCAAGCAAUUAUACUACGUACAUAACGCCUAUGCCUUUUAAAAUAAAUAAAUGAAUGAAUUAAAUAUAAAAACCCAGUUUUAGAGACCAGUAACAUGUAUUGUUCAGAGCGGACAAAAUGUUUACCGAUUUAUUUAAACGAUACAAUGUGGAGAAUGUUUAUUUAUGUAUAGUGACUAUGUUGUACACGUAUCAAAAUGUAUGUUUUGUAGGAGUAUGGGCGACGUCCAUCUGAACGCGAGCACUGGUCGUGUAGCGCAGGUUUCAAAACAUUUUGAUGACAUUUUGAGACGGAUUUGAAAAUAUAAUACUCUAAUCAUGAAUGGAUAUGAUUUUUAUUUGUGAGUGGACUCGGUGCCGUGGGCGGCGCAUGAGAUGUGUUUCUCCCGGCACCGGAGGACCGACUUAGUGGUUUUAGUGGCGAAAUUUCAGUUGAAUGGGAUUGUGAGCCGUGGCGACUAGCACGGCGGCACGGCAGUGCCCACGCUUACUUGUAACAACACGAGAAUGUCUGUAAGCUUUAAAUUAUUGAUUAAAGAAAAAAUUGAAAGUU